UUCUGCUAGAAAAACUGAAGAAAAGUAAAAAUAAAGAAACGUCACAUUAGAAGUCUGAAAAACAUACUCAAACGUCAGUUGUCAUUGUCAUCUCUGGACAAAAAAAUACUCAAAAGUAUGUGAAAAUUUCCUCUGAAUAUCUGAUAUCAGUGUAACUUUAGAACAUUUUAAAUUUAUAGAGGUUAUUUAAAUAAUUUCAUCAUGAUUACGAGCCAGUUAAAUAGAUUUACGUUCCGGAACAAAUGGUCUAGAAAUUUCUUUAGGUCUUCGUCGACGUCUGAGAAUUCAUCAAAAGUGCUAUAUCCAUUAAAAAAUCGGAGCUUAAUAAAAGUAAGCGGAGCACAAGCAUCUCAAUUCCUUCAAGGUCUCAUCACGAAUGACAUGAAACAUUUUGAAGAGGGCGCCCAGUCAAUGUAUGCUAUGUUUUUAAACAACAAGGGCCGGAUUUUAUACGAUACUUUAUUACAUAAAUGGGGAAGCGACAACACAUUCUUGAUAGAAUGUGACAAAAAUGUAAAUCGAUUGUUACAAAGACAUCUAAAUAUUUACAAACUAAAAAAAGAUAUCAAAAUAUCUGAUGCAAGUCAACUAUUAAACUUAUGGGCAUUGAUUACACCAUUAAGUAUUGAAGAAAUAUGUAAAACCGAAGAUGUUGCAGAAAAUGUUAAAAUGUACAAAGACCCACGUCUUGCUGACCUUGGAUUUAGAGUGAUCACUACUUCCGAUAUUGACAAUUUUGAUUUGCACUAUGCUAUGGGAAGAGACACUGUAAUUAAACACACCGAUGAAGACUAUCAUAAUUUGAGAUAUAAACUUGGUGUAAGCGAGGGAGCCGAUGAUUUAUUUCCUGGCACUGCUUUUCCUCUAGAAUCUAACUGUGACUACCUCCAUGGAAUAAGUUUCCAUAAAGGCUGUUACAUUGGCCAAGAAUUAACAGCUCGCAUUCACCACACAGGUGUUGUUAGGAAAAGACUAAUGCCUGUACAAUUUUUGGACCGCACAGAUUGUGAAUCAAUUGAAAAAGAUGCUCCAAUCUAUGCUAGUGUUGAACCUGGCAAAAUUCAAAUAGGAAGGUUAAAAAAUAAAUCAUUUGAUUAUGGAAUAGCAUUAAUAAAAAUAAAGGAAGCACUUGAAUCUAAGGACUUGUAUGUUGGAAUGUCACCUAUUGACGUUGUGCGGCCACAUUGGUGGCCAAGAGAGGCUCCCAAAGAAAAACAUACCUUGUUAAAAUCGGAAUAUGAAUCAGAUUCAAAUUAAAAUGUAACAAAAUUAGCAAUAUCUUGUAUGCUUUCAUAAAUUUUCCACUAUGGAAGUCUCUGCACCAAAGGAAGAGCAAACAGUCUAUGAUUUCAAGUGUGUAUCUUGUGGAAUUGAUGAAAAAACUCACUACAAAGGAACAAAUCCCCCUUUUUCUCGCAAUAUAGUACUCAAAUACCCAAGUUAUGUAA